UUCACAUUGAAACCACAAAACUCUCUCUCUCUCUCUCCGCACCAAUUUCUUCAUGACCUUCUUCUUCUAGCAGAGAAGAUUAAUUAAAAAAACCCUAAAUUCUUAAACCCUGAAUCCAGUUAUAUCAAAUGGGUCACGAUAACAUCACAAAACUUGCGAGUCUACUCGUAAAGCUACACAAAGCUCCUUCAAGUUGGCUCUGUCUCCAUCCCCGACCAGACCGAACCAGCAACGGCGGCGGACGAAUCAAGCUCGUCAGAUCCGACGGUUCUUUAGAAGUCUACGAUCGUCCCGUAGUAGUCUCAGAGCUCACAAGAGACUUCCCAAAACACAAAAUCUGUAGAUCAGACUUACUCUACAUCGGACAAAAAACCCCUGUUCUGUCUGAAACCGAAACACUUAAGCUAGGUCUCAACUACUUCCUCCUCCCAUCAGAUUUCUUCAAGAACGACCUCUCUUUCCUUACCAUCGCCACCCUAAAAACCCCUCAAAACGGCAGCGUUCUGGUGAAGAAGACUCAACAACAACCUCAGCCUUUUCUUAUACAAAAGGGAGAAAAAGGAGAGCGUUUAAGGAUCCGUGUGUCUGAAGAUUUCGUGUCGGAACUGAUGAUGGAAGGAAAGAAAAACAGAGUAAACAAAGAGGAAGAAGAAGAAGGAGAAGGUAGAGUUUGUACUACGGUGAAGUUGAAGAAAGAUUAUGUUCAAUUGGUUGGUUUACGUAAAUGGAAGCCAAAGCUUGAGACCAUAACAGAGACUAAGGCGAUGAAAGCAGCAACGAUGGAGAAGACGAAGAAGAAGAGAAAGAGGUUUACUGUGAUGAAGAAGAAGUCUCAGACUGAUUCAAGUUCGAAGCGUAAGCUUCAAUCCAAAUUCAAGUCCAAAACUAAGAAAACUGUUCUUCGAAAGAUAGAUUAAUUUUUGUUUUUAAUUAGUUAGCAGAUUUGUGUGUUGAUACAUAGAAAUUGUUGAAAUUUGAUGUAAAGAAACUGAGAUUAAUUAA